GUAGUUCCUUGUAGCUCACAGCACUACAAACGUCUAUCUUUAUGUGUCCUGUGACUUGAACUGCAUGAGUGACUUUUCUCGGUACAAAAUCUGAACGAAAACAAGUCGAAUGUAUUCGUAUAAACGAUAAACAAACGGAUAUAUCAUUGACCAAUAUGAAUAAAGUUAACUAUAUCCAUGCACGUAAAACCAAAAAAUUAUGGCGAGAGCUCGUUAUGAUACGAAAACUGUUAUCUUAUGGAAUCUUGUGCAGUCGUUUAUAGCUCUACCUAAAAUAGUGAAAAUGGAAGGUGAACUAUUAUGAUGAAAUUGUUUUGAAGAAUGAGAUGAAGAAAGGUUACGCUGGCAAGGUGAAAUAAGAAGACACAUUAUUGAAAUUCCUAUCAGGGACUGCUUGUUGCUUCGCAAUUGUGGCGUCUCGUUUUAGAAACAAUACAAGCAGUAAACCAUCGUCUAACUGAUCACGCAAUCAGUGUUUGCACCAUUGCUGUGUCUGGUUGUCCAUCUAGAGCUGACUCUUAUAUAUUUAACAUUUCCUGCCUCUCUUGACAACGGAAAAUUUAGAUUGCAAUAGCUUUUUGGGGGCGUGCUUUUGAUACUUAUUGGAAGAGUUCAUGCAUGAAAUUUUCCUCACAUGCCAUUUAGUACGAGUUUCAGAUAGCUUGUUUUUAGCACCGAAUUGUUCUACCUUUUCUUCGCUCAGGCCUCAGAGAUAGGAUGAAUUAUCCGUAUAUGAAACUAUUAACAGCAGCGAUCAGUGGAAGUCGUCUUUCCAGGCAUAGCUGGUGUUUGAGGUCAGCUCUCAUAUCUGCCGCAGUACCUGCUUAUUUUUGACAAAUGUUGCAGGUUCUUUACUUCUGUGCAGCUCUAUCAGAGCUACACGUGGAAUAACAAGCAGUUGGCCCUCUACACUUGACAAAUAGUUAAGUUCAUUACAAACACGCGCGAUAUGGCUUUAAAAAAACGUAUUUCUCUAGCGUUCAUUGUUGUUAUAUUUCUUCUACAUUGUUGCCAGGCUAGUUUACUUCAAGAGACGUUAGCAAGAGAAUUCAAACAGGAAAAUCAGGAUGAAGAAACGAAAGUAGAAAUAAUAAAUGACGAGAAGAACAAUGAUGAGAAGUCGAACAGCGAAAAACAAACGCAGGCCGCGGAGGAAAGUGAAGAUAAGGGAGCAAGUGAGGAUAGCAAGGAACAUGAAGCGAGUAUCGUCCUUGAGACAAUCUUCAAACCAACGAAAUGUGACGAUAAGACAAAAUCUGGCAAAGUUGCGGUGAUGCAUUACACAGGCUGGGUGGGAGACAAGAAAUUUGACAGCACAAUUGAUCCUUUGAAGAGAUACGUGCCCUUUGAAUUUAUAAUUGGAGUUGGUUCUGUGAUCAAAGGAUUUGAAGAGGGCAUUAAAGAAAUGUGUAAAGGAGAACAAAGAAAGAUUACAAUCCCUCCUGAGUUAGGAUAUGGUACAAAAGGUGCUGGUCUCAUUCCAGGUAACUCAACGAUCACUUAUGAAGUUCAACUCCUGGACAUACGAGAGCCUCCUCCCCACGCCGACGUGUUUGGCGCGAUGGACGGAGAUGGCAACAAGAAACUAUCACGUGACGAAGUAGGUGAAUACAUGAAGAAACAGGCGAAGAUGCAUUAUGGGGCACCGAUGGACGACUAUUACUGGAACCAAUAUCACAAUCAAAUGGUUGAUAAUAUAUUUGCACAAGAUGACGAGGAUGAAGACGGACAUAUAUCACAUGAUGAGUUUAGUGGACCAAAAUUGCAUCACGAAGAGCUCUGAAUAACGGAACAAAAACCUACCGGAACUAUGUACCUAGAUACUAUAAUAGAUAUUUGAAUCCUCGGGUAUUGGACUCUGUCUGCCGACAUUUCCGGAGGAACUUAAACCCCGGUAUUCCGAGCGUAUUGACUGGCAUCUUGCCAUAGACAUAGUCAAUAGAUAGUCUCACAUUAAUCUAUUCUUAUUUCUGGCUGGUUUGCACGCAGGAAAAUUAUCCUCAGGACAGAAUCGGACAGAACAGUUUAUUUUGUCUGCGAGGUCUCAACUGAAACGAAUGAGUCUAAACACGGAGCUUCUUUACAAAGAAAACUUCCGGUCCUGAGGAUAAUCACCCCAAGUUAAAACUAGUUUUUACACAGGCCAAGCCCGACACCCCGGUACAAGGUUGGCUAAAACCGCCACUUUUGGCUGAAAAAUAUAAAGAGAAACAUGAUUUACAAAUUUACAGGUUUUUAGUUGGUCUAGCAUUCGCCUAAAGAACCAAAAAAGGACGGUGCAAGAGGUUAAUUUGAUCGUUUAAAUUGAAAUUAAGCCAAGACUUGGCUAUCGUAUAUAUUAUUAUCAUUUGCGCAUAAUUUUACUGGCGUUUGAUGUCAACUCAAUAUCGCUUUAAAA